AACCAUAAUUAUAGUAAACAGUUUGUAUGAAAACAUUCACUCAGCUGCAUGGUUGUUGUAGCAAUGCUAUCCUAUGCUAAUCAUUCUUUUGUGGCCGGUCAUUAAUAAUAUAAUACACGAGUAAUACAGAAGUGCAAAAAAGAUUUUAUUUUUAAAAAAGUAAUCAUAGCAUAGCAUAUAUAAUGAACUUACAUAGCAGUUUAUGUGUUUUUCUUUUUGUAUUAUUAAAUUUUACCUUGGGAGUCUGGCACGAACAGACUUGGAGUGGCGAUGUUGCAGACCGGUGUUUCUGCAAGCUACAAGGAGAGGUGGAUGACUGCUCUUGCAAAGUAGAAUCAUUGGACUCAUUAAAUAAUAAUAAAAUUUACCCAAGAUUAAAAAGUUUGUUGUCUAGAAACUACUUCAGAUAUUUUAAGGUGAAUCUUAAAAAGAAAUGUCCCUUUUGGUCAGAUGACAGCAGAUGUGCCUUGAAAGACUGUCAUGUUAAUGUUUGUCAAAAGGAUGAAGUCCCUAUAAAAACUAUAGAAAAUGUUGAAAACCAUGAAAAGAGAAAGUAUUUAAAUGAAAAAUCUGGGCAAAAAGAAGUAGAUGAGGCCCAAUGUGCAGAGCAGAGAGAGCUUGGUGCUCUUGAUAAAACAAUCAGUCAAGAGAAAAUAGCAGAGUUUCAGUCAUGGAAGGAAUAUGAUGAAGCAUUGCCAAUGUUCUGUGAUGUUGAUGAUGAACAUUCCAAUGAUGUUGAAUAUGUUGAUCUGCUACUAAAUCCAGAAAGAUAUACUGGCUAUAAAGGAUUGUCCCCCAGAAGAAUUUGGAGAUCAAUAUAUGAGGAGAAUUGUUUCAAGCCAGAAAAAAACUACGGCUAUGGACCAGAAUAUGGAUCUGAUUCGUCUCUUGAAUCAAGUCCAUUAUUUUCUAGAGGUAUGUGCCUUGAAAAAAGAGUUUUUUUCCGUUUGAUUUCUGGUCUGCACACUAGCAUUAACAUUCACCUUUGUGAUCAGUACUUGUUUCCUGCUAAAGGUGGUUUUGGGUCUGGCCACUGGGACCACAAUUUAGAAGAGUUUCAGUCCAGGUUUGAUCCAGCUCUUACCAACAACCAGGGACCUCAGAGGCUCAAGAACUUGUACUUCACAUAUCUCAUUGAGUUAAGGGCCUUGGCUAAAGCUGCUCCAUAUCUCAAACAGGAAGGGUUCUAUACAGGUGAUGCAGAAGAAGAUGCAGAUUUGCAGCAAGGGAUCAACAAUCUACUGGAUAUCAUCAAAUCUUUUCCUGACCACUUUGAUGAGUCACAGCUCUUUAAAGGCAACUCAAAGGAAAUGAAACAGCUCAAGGCGGAAUUCGUGCAGCAUUUUCGCAAUAUUACUCGCAUCAUGGAUUGUGUUGGCUGCGACAAGUGUAAACUGUGGGGAAAACUUCAGAUCCUGGGCAUGGGAACUGCCUUGAAAAUACUUUUCUCUGGUGAUAGCAUGGGUCUACAGUCAACUGUGAAGUCAAUGAAUAAAGAUUUUCAACUCACUAGAACAGAGAUUGUUGCAUUGUUCAAUGCAUUUGGAAGGUUAUCCAAAAGUAUCCAUGCCAUAGAAACAUUCCGCAAGUUAGCAACAUAAUCAAGCUCUUAAUUUAUUUUAUCUAGCCUUGUUCAAAUUUUUUUUCUUUAUAGUAUUUCUAAAAAUCCUUUUUUGAAAAUAAUUUUAAACUGUUGUUUCCAUGUUUUCAGCCAGUUGUAAAUAGUCCCUCUGUAAUUGUGCUUUUGUGGUGCAUACUUGUAUUUAUAUGUGCAUCAGUUGUUUGUGGGCCUUUAUUGACAUAUGUUGAAAAUAAUUUAAAGAUAGCUGAACGAUUUGUUUAAAAUAUGUUGAUCACCUGUUUUAUUUAUUUAGUUCAAAUUUUAAAACAUUGCUCGAACAUGAUUACAUUUUUUAAAAUCUAAUUUGUUUUAAAGCUUGUGUAUAUUGUUUUAAUAACAUUUUUCUAAAGCUAAAAAAAAAGUUAUGACAGUUGUAUGAUUUCCUUUGCUUACAAAACCACCAAGUUUGAUCACCAAAGAGAAAAAAAGCAAAUUAAAACUUGUUAAUGUAACAACUGUUUAAUUUACAUUUUUUCAUCAGUUUCAGUACCUUAAUUGAAUCUAACAGUGCAAUUAAACAUUUAAAUUGUCGCACCUCCAUUAUAUAAUGUUUGAAAAUUUGAUUAUUGGUUAAAAAUCUUCUUUUCUUUAUAAAAUGAGUGUUAUUAAAAAAAAAACCUAAAUUUUACUUUAAAGAAGUAGCAACUAAUUACUCUUGGUAAAAUUUAAUUUGAUUGCCUAGAUAUUAUGUUUCUGCUUGGAUGCACCUUUUUCAGUGGCAUUUCCAUUUUUUUAAAAAUGUUUGUAAAAUGUUUUAAAUCAUUCUUUUUAUUUUUAAAUAUUGUUUUUUAUGUGUAUGAAGUCAUGGGUAAUUUGUUAAAAAUUACAAUUGAAUGCUUGGUAAAUUCCUAUUUUUACAUAAAAUAUGAUU